AUGCCACUCGUCAAAAUCGACAUGAUCAAAGGUGUCCGCACGCCAGACGAAAUCAAACACCUAGCAGACGUGAUCCAAGAAAUCAUGUUGGCCAAGUUCGCAGCACCACCUCGAGACAGAUAUCAAGUCAUCACUCAACACGAACCCUACGAACUAAUCUUCGAAGACACCGGACUCGGCCUCCAACGCACCGACAAACUCAUCCUGAUCCAAAUAUUCCAGCAAGGACGAAGCACGCAACAAAAACAAGAUGUAUAUGCAGCAAUAGCAGAGCGAUUGGAAAAAGAAUGCGGAGUCCCAAAGACAGAUUUGGUAAUCAGCGUGGCUAGAAAUGAAAAGGAGGAUUGGAGUUUUGGGAUGGGCAGGGCGCAGUUUUUGACGGGUGAGUUGUAG